AUGGCGCCGAGUCCCCUCUCCAACCCAGCGUUCAGCGAGGCCUGCCCGCCUGAUGCACGUUUGGCGCACGUGAGGUGGGGCGACAUGCUUCUUGGUGUUGCCAUUGGUGACAGCGUGGGCGCAGGACUAGAGUUCAAGUCCAGGGAGUGGAUUGAAGAGCACGUGGACUUCACGGACUACGUAAGCACCGGCGACGGCAUGUGGGCCGAGGGCUUCAAGGAGGGCGUCUACACUGACGACACCGAGAUGACCAUCGGCCUGGUGAAGGCCUUGAUCGAUGCCGGCGGUGAUCCAAGCAAGGUCAACGAGGACGUGCUCGUCAAGUACUGGACUGCCGAAUACCACGAUGGCAAGCAACGCCUCGGACACGGACGCCUCGGGCACGGCAGCAUCGCGGGCUACUAUGAAGGGAAGCACUCCAUCAACGAGAUCAGGGAAUGGCAAGCACGGCGUGAAUACCCGGGCAACGCGCCGGUCAUGCGGGCCGUCCCGCUCGGUUUCCUGCCGCCUGAGUUGAUGACCAAGGUCUGCGAGGUCAACGCCGACGCAACGCAUCCACACCCGAAAGGCCGAGCGGCCAGCAUUCUCACGGCCAGGGCAGUCCGCUAUGUGGUGCUGGACCUGUCGGAGCGCCGGAAGGCAUCAUCCAAGCCUGCUCUGCUGGCAUCGGACUCUAUGAUCGAGACCAAGGACUAUCUGGAGAUGGUGGACCAGCUUCCCGACCACAAGCUGCCGGAGGCGAGCAGCCUCGAUGUACUGGAGGCACUGUGCGGGCCACAGCCCCUCAAGAACCCGUUUGAUGGGUCAGACUGCCUGGGUCUCAAUUCGGACGCUAUGCGUACGGCCGGCUGCGUGCUGUAUCUCCUCAAGUGGUACACCGACCCACUGGAAGGCCUUAAGGCCGCAGUCAAGAUGGGUGGUUUCGUCGAUUCGCUCGCCGCCGUGGUGCUGGGCACCCUCGGAGCGCGGUACGGGCUGGAGGGGCUCAACCCAAACUUCGUCCGAAAGGUGGAGUGCCGCGAAGAGCUGCAAACGCUGGGCCAGGCCUACGGCGAGUUCAUCGCACGCCUCUGCGCCAGACCAUGGAGCGUCACCGCUCUGCGCACCGGCAGCAAAAGCCCGUAG